AUGAGCGACUCAUCGAGUUCAUACCAUUCAGCACAUCGACUUUCUCCUCCAGAAGUUCUGACAAGCUGCAGGUGCUGGUGUGGUCAAGAGACCAUCACAUUCACAUCAAAGACAAAAGAAAACCCAUACCGUAGAUUCUAUAGAUGCUCGAUUGCAUUGAAGAGACCGAAUGAGGAGCAUUUAUUCAAAUGGGUUGAUGAAGCAUUGGUAGAAGAAAUUCAGAUGGUCAAUAGGAAGCUUAAGAGAAUUGAAGAGGAUGUGAGUGACUUGAGGAUAAAUGUGAUUCAGAAUUUGGAUCUCCAAAAGGAAAUGUUGAAGAAGCUUGAGGGAAAUAUGGUUAAGAAGCUUGAGGAAAAUAUGGUUAAGAAGAUUGAAGAUAAGAUGGCUAGUUCAGCUUUGAAGACAAUUGGUAUUGUUGCUGUAAUAGGAGGUGCACUUGUAUUGCUAUGGGGAAGAAUCUAG